GAGCGGGAGCGCUCGGUGGGCAGGUAGGGCGUGGAAGUGAGGGGUGGCGGCAGGAGAAACCGUCCGGCACAAGGGCCCCCGAACGCGGUCACUGAGGAGAACCCGGCCGGCCGGCGCGGAAGGCGGGGCUGGGGGUGAUUUUGUGGAGGGCGCAACAGUCUUUAAAGAACUUUGUAGAAGUAUUGAAGGAUGGCAGAAGCAGUGUUGGUGGAUCUCUUCGGCUUGAAAUUGAACUCCCAGAAAAACAGUCAUCAGUCGUUACUGAAGACAUUGUAUGCUGUUCGAUACUACUGUGCUGCCAAGGCCAAGUUCCUUUGCAUAAUGUGUUGCAGUAACAUCAGCUGCGAAAGGGAUGAUGAACAUAGUAACUGCGAGUUAGACACGAGCACUAGAUUAUCAACUCUCCUGAGAGAAUUUGAGACUGUUAGCAAUCCCAGCAUGGCUGCCUCAUUAUAUACAAUUAAACAGAAAAUUGAUGAGAAAAACCUGAGUAGCGUUAAGGUCAUUGUGCCCAAGCACCGGAAGACAUUAAUGAGGGCUUUUAUUGAUCAACUUUUCACUGAUGUGUACAAUUUUGAGUUUGAAGAUUUGCAGGUGACUUUGAGGGGAGGGCUUUGGAAACAGUCCACUGAAGGAAAGACGAUUGCAGCUCAAGAACUGGAAGCAAUUCAGAAUGAAGUAGAAACAUACUUGAAAAGCCUGCCAGCACUGAAAGGAGAAUUAACUAUUAUCACAUCUCCUUCAAUCUCAGAUGUUUUCAUACAUGGAUUUACUACAAGAACAGGUGGAAUAUCUUACAUACCAACUCUUAGCUCAUUCAAUCUCUUCUGUAGUUCCAAACGGAGAGAUCCCAAAGUUGUUGUUCAAGAAAAUCUGCGUAGGUUGGGGAAUGCUGCAGGAUUUAAUGUGGAGAAAUUUUACCGAAUAAAGACUGAUCAUGCCAGUGACGUCUGGAUUAUGGGAAAGAAGGAGCCUGAAUCGUAUGAUGGAAUCAUCACAAAUCAGAGAGGAGUCACAAUAGCGGCUCUUGGGGCUGAUUGUAUACCUAUAGUUUUUGCAGACCCUGUCAAAAAAGCAUGUGGGGUUGCUCAUUCUGGUUGGAGAGGUACUUUAUUAGGUGUUGCUAUGGCUACGGUGAAUGGUAUGAUUGCAGAGUAUGGCUGUAGUUUGGAAGACAUUAUUGUUGUACUAGGACCUUCGGUGGGUCCUUGCUGUUUUACUCUUCCAAGGGAAUCAGCAAAGGGAUUUCAGAAUCUGGAUCCUGAAUGUGUACGUCUCUUUGACUCACCAAAUCCCUAUGUUGACAUCCGUAAAGCCACCAGGAUUCUUCUAGAACGAGGAGGAAUUCUUCCACAGAAUAUUCAGGACCAGAACCAAGAUCUCAACCUUUGUACAUCCUGCCAUCCUGACAAGUUUUUCUCCCAUGUCCGAGAUGGCCUUAAUUUUGGUACACAGAUAGGUUUCAUAUCAAUUAGAGAAUGAGAUACCUGACUGGUUUAUUGGAUAACUGUUUCCUGCCUCCUCCUAAACUGACUGAAAGAAAUUUAGCUGUUUAAGUAAAACCAAAAUAAUUACAAUGGAUAAUGCAUCUUUAGGGCAUAUUUUCACUGUUAUCAAAGCUAAAAGAUUUUCAUUUGAUUUUCCCAAUAGCUAACAAAAAAUCAGUAUGAUACAGCUUAUAUGUCUUAUAUAGAUUAAUAUUUUUCUUAAAGUUCUAUUUGUUGUAUAAAUCAAGAAUAGGUCUGUUCAGUAUUUAUUGGGUACCCUGUAUUUGUCAGGCACUGUAUGAAGCAUAGAUGAAAUCAAAAUGAAUACGACUUUUUCUCUUUGAGUCUAAUGCAGUGGAGGUGAUGAACACCUCUAACACUUAAAUUUCAUUUUAAUAGCAGUAGAAGACUAAUUCUAUCAGAAAGGACAGAGAAAGUGUUAUAGAGAAAAUAACAUUUCACACAGGUCUGAAAGAUGUACAGGCUUUUGACAAAUGAAGUACAACCGUAACAGGUAGAGAGAACGCCAUGAACCAGGGCAUGAAACUGCAAGUGUGUGACAUGCUCUAGAGAGAGAAGGGUGUGGGCAGGAGUCACUGGAAAAACAGGUCGGAGAGAGAUCAGGCAGGGUCUCAAACACAUGUCAAAGAGUUUGAAGUUUAUUUUCCAGGCAAAGAAUAGGCAUAAAAAGUAAGGGAGUGUUUUUAUUUCCUUGGUACCACAUUUAACAGGAUGGAUUUAAAUUGUGAGAGACCAAAGCAGAGAGACGAGUUAAGACGCAGUCAAAACACUUUAAAAAAGAAAUAAUGAAGCCCGAAUGAAGGCAGUGGAAAAUAAAAUGGAAAAGAGAGUGGGUGGAUUACAGAGACAUUUCAGGGAUGGAGUCAGAUUCUGUUCAUAGAUAAUGGAGACUAGAGGCGAGGAGUGGAGAAGUCAUUGAUGACUCCCAAGAUGUCUGUGUGGCUGACUACCAAGAGUGCAGCAAGGGGGCAAUGGAGAAGGCUAAUGAGCUUGACACAAACGGAAGUAUUUCCAGAUUGAAAUGUUCUUUCAGCAGUUAGAAAUAUAGACCUGGAAUCUAGAAAAAGACCACAUUGAGAAGCUGGCUCUGCGGAGAUGAUGCCAGAGUCUGUUGGAGUCGGCUGAGUCAUGGAGGCAGAAAUAGAGGCUAAAAAAGGUCCAAGGGUGAACCUGCCUGUAACAGCUGCAUCUGAAGAAUAAGGUGAACCAGUAAAAAAAGAUUGACCUUAGAAGGAAGGAAAAAUAUAGAGGAGAGCUGUUUUGAAGAAAAAAGUCAGCAUAGAUGUACUGCAUUUUGAGAGGUAUUCAAAAAAAUUUUCAGAGAGAAAAUGAGGACUGAGAAGAAAGCAAUGGAUUAACCAUACUGAAGCUGUUCUACUGCAGAGGUGGCAGAGCCCAAUUUCAGUGCAUUGAGGAGGAGGCUGUUUGGUGUUGACUCUGGCAGUAUUUACUGGAGAAAAUAAAGUGCUGGGUGCUGUAUCUUCAAGGAAGUUUUAAGUAUAUUUGUAGGCUGAAGAGAGGAGUUAGCGGUUUUUCACUUGGGAAAAUGGUAUAUAUGGCAUAUAUUUUUUAUAAGAAGUCACAUUCUAUCUUAAAAAUAUUUUUCAUUUUAUACAUAUAUUUCUUACAUGAAUAUGCAGUAGAUUAAUAGAAGAUUACAUUUGUUUGGUAUUUACAAAGAAAUUCCACAUAUAUUACCUCAUUUUACCCUUACAGCUACUCUGAAAUACAUAGGUCGGGUGUUGUCCUUUUGUUCAGAUGAGAAGACUGAGCCUCUUUUGAGGCGGAGGUUAAAAUCACAUAGCUGUGAUAAAGUAAAAUUUGGACCUGCAUCCUCUGACUCCAAAUCUCAUUUCAGAUAUUACAGUUAAAGUUAUCUAAAUUACAUUUUUAUUUUCAAACUUUUGUUAAUACCAUCUAUUCAUACAUUCAGUCCAAAUUUUGUUGAGGUACUAGGAUAGGUUAAAAAAAUACAGUUGUAACUCUCACGAUGUUUAAUAUACAGUGAAAGGUGACAGUCAAUAAACCGGCAAUUCAAUACUGUGAUAGGUGUUGUAAGGUUGUCACGACCUGAUACUUGGUUUGGCUUAAUUCAUCUAGGCAGCUCAUAGCUCAUUAUAAAAUUGAAAUAAAAUACCUCAUUUCUUUCAAUUUGGGAAGGGCAUUAAACAAAGCAUAGGACAGCAAUUGCAAACUCAUGCAAAAUACUUCUGUUUAAUGAUAACAAAGUUUAGAGAAUAAUUUCAUACACUUAGAAAUGUGGAUAAUUUUUCAGUUCUUCAUUGUGCAUUUUGUUUGAGGUUUACAAAUUUACAGAGUAUAAGAUGGCCAUAUUUCACUUUAUGUACCAAAGUAUUCCUAAACCAAAUAAAAGUUUUAUUUGAUUAUCUAUAAUUUUAGAUUACCUGUGCCAAAGCACAUAAUGAAGUCCCUUGCCAUUUUACUGAGUGAAAAGUAUUGGUUUAAUACUCAGUGACAGAAUGACUAGGUUGUUAAAUAAUCAUAAUUUUAUUGCCUCUACAAACUCUGUCACUCUUAAGCAUUUAUAUAUAGAUUUCUGGGACUUUUGGGUUAUAACUACAAAGAUGAUUUUAACUAAAGUUUGUCUUUAAGCUCUGCUACUAACUGCACAUAGGAAAUACUGGUUGUUAUUUUAUUAAAAAGAAAUUUGUAAAUCAAA